UCAUGAAUAGAAAAUAAUGCAAAUGUGAUGAGAAUCUCAAAAAAGACUUUGAAAACUGUUCUCAAUCUAUAGAAUGGCUAAAGAUUCAUUAUGACAUAAAAAAAUUAGAUAACAUGAGAAAUGAUUAUUAAUAAUUAUGUAAAAUAGAGAUUGCAGAUUAAUAGUAAUGGAUAACUAAAUAACGUAAAUAAAUAGAAAGAGAUUUGAUGAGAACAUUUCCAAAUGAACCAUUUUUUUAAUAAAAGGAAGGAAAAGAGGCUUUGUAAAGAUUACUCUAUACAAUUGCAAUUUAUGACAUGGGUGUUGGAUAUGUAUAAGGAAUGAAUUUCUUGGCAGGUGCUCUACUAUUUCAUAGUGAAGAAUGUGUAGCCUUCUGGAAUUAUGUGACAUUAUAUGAACGAUUAUAGUUGAGAGAUAUUUAUUUGGAGAGUAGUCUAUAAUCAUAAGAUAGACCUUCCUGGGUUAUCAAAGCACAUAUAAAUAGUGUAAUUGUUAUGUAUGAGCCAACAAAGAAAACUUUAUGAUUUGUUUCUUAAAAACAAUGUUUAAUUUGAAAAUUUUUGUAUACCUUGGUUUUUGUCAAUGUUAGCAAUGGUUAUACCAAUAAGAUCUUAUGUAAGAAAUUUAUCAAAUUAGAAUUUAGUUAUGAAGCCAAUGAUUUUAAAUAGAUGGUUAUUCAUUUAUAAAUUAAUACUCUCUUAUUUAUAAAAUUGUGAAUUAAAUUGUGAAGGGCCUGAAUUAUUAAUGGAAUUGACAAGUUAAACACAUAAAUGGAAUUAAUGUAUACCUUUAGCUAAUAAUUUGAAUUUAGACAAAAAAUUUAUAGAUUUAAUGUUAGAAUCAUUUGAUUAAGAUAAAUAAACAUUUUUAAUUAAAUGA